AUGUGCGGUACGUCUCCGUCUCCCGAUAUGAGCGGUCGUAGAGGCAGCUAUCGGGAUGAUGAAAUACCAACGUUGUAUGUACGACAGGUACAUUACUCCGCUCGGCCUUAUAAUUUACGCGGAGUAUUUUUCAGGCCUGGUGAUUUACGUGCUUGUUUUUUCAGGCCUGAUGAUUUACGUGCGUUGUUCGAACGAAUAGGACCCGUUCGUGAUGUCUAUAUUCCACUAGAUUAUUACACACGUGAAUCACGAGGUUUUGCCUACGUAAAAUUUGAAUUCACACGAGACGCAGAAGAUGCUUUGAGGGAGUUGAAUGGCGCGAGCAUUCUGGGAAGACGCAUCGAAAUUGAAUGGGCUGAGGGACAACGAAAAAGAGUAGGUAAAACUUCAAAUUUUUCAGCAAAAACAGAAAUGCGUGCAAGAGAUUCCUAUAAUUCAUAUCGUGCUCGAAACCGUUACCGCAGCCGCUCACCUUACAAGUCUAGACAUGAGCAUUCACCGCGACGUCGGUCAUGUUCAAGACGUAAUUCACAUUCAAGAUCAAAACGGCGGUCGCACCAUUCACGACGACGACAUUAUUCGAAGUCACGACGUCAUCAUAGCAACGCACGAUCGAGAAAUAGUAGGAGUACGAGUGUUCGAAAAAAGCGAAAUAGUCAGAAAAUAAAGAGAUCAAAAUCGCCGCUUGCUUCCGGAUCAUUAUUAUAUUCUUUAAAUGAAAUUAAGGAUUCAAGUGAUGAGAAGCAAAAUAUUAUUGUUAAUGAAUACAAUAUCUUAAAUCGACAAAAUGCUGAAAAGCUUAAAGAGCCAGUCGAUGAAUUGGAGAUAAGAAGUGAGACCCGAAUCAGUGAUGUUGAAAUCAAUGAAAAGGAAAUUCAGGAAGCUGUUCAGACAAAUGGAAGCAUUGACUACAUUGACGAUCAUGUUGGAGUAGAAGUUAAUGGAAGUAAUGCCUCGGCAACCGAAGCGGGAGAGGAAGAUAAAGUAAUCAUGGAUAUUGAAGUAAUUGAUGAGAUUGUUGAACAGAGUGGCAUUUUUUUCAAUGAUACGGUUGUCGAGGGCGUUUGUCUGGAUGAUAACAUUAAUGUUCAGGAAUUAUUAAUAACUGACACCACCAAUUAA